UCGAACGGAGGAAAUAGCGAAAAAAUGUGGAUCGCUCUGCUAGGAACCCCCAUUUUACUAGCAGCCCUUUGGCUCCUACUGAAAGAGCUGAAUAAAACCUACUUUAUUCUGUCGUUAUCCAAGCGGGUGCGGACGGAGGAUGGCAGUCCCUUGGAGAGCAAGGUGGCCGUAAUGCCGGGAAAAUCACGAUUCGGCAACAACUUGGAUAUUCUCAACUUUACGCCGUCAAGUGUUUUUAACUUUGUGCGAGAGUCCACUGCCAAGGCCAAAGGUCGGAACUAUCUGUGGUACUUUCUGUACGCACCCAUGUACAAUGUGGUUCGCGCCGAGGAGGCUGAGGAGAUAUUCCAGAGCUCCAAGCUGAUAACCAAGAACGUGGUCUACGAACUGAUUAGACCGUUUCUGGGAGACGGCCUGCUGAUUAGCACGGACCACAAAUGGCACUCCAGAAGGAAGGCCUUGACGCCCGCCUUUCAUUUCAAUGUGCUGCAGUCGUUCCUGGCCAUUUUCAAAGAAGAGUGCAAGAAGUUGCUCAAAGUCCUGGACCAAAACGAAGAUGCAGAGCUGGAUCUUAACCAGGUUAUUCCACAGUUUACUUUAAAUAACAUAUGUGAAACCGCUCUGGGUGUUAAGCUAGAUGACAUGUCGGAGGGCAACGAGUACAGAAAGGCCAUCCACGCCAUCGAAGAAGUCUUGAUACAACGCGUGUGCAACCCGCUGAUGUAUUACAACUGGUACUUCUUCCUCUACGGAGAUUACCGGAAGCAUGCGGAGAAACUGCGGAUAGUCCACGACUUCUCGAGCCGUAUUAUCCAACGAAAAAGGGAGCAGUUCCAGCAGAAGCAGCUUGGGGAAGUGGAUGAGUUUGGCAAGAAGCAGCGCUAUGCCAUGCUGGAUACCCUUUUGGCGGCCGAGGCAGAGGGACAGAUAGAUCACCAGGGCAUCUGUGAUGAGGUCAACACCUUCAUGUUCGAGGGGUACGAUACCACAUCAACGUGUCUUAUCUUCACCCUGCUCAUGUUGGCCCUGCACGAGGAUGUCCAGCAGCGAUGCUACGAGGAGGUGGAAAACCUCCCCGAGGACAGCGAUGAUAUCACCGUGUUCCAGUUCAACGAACUGGUCUACUUGGAGUGUGUGAUCAAGGAGUCCCUCAGGAUGUUCCCCUCGGUGCCUUUUAUAGGGCGCCAAUGCGUGGAUGAGAGUGUUGUGAAUGGAAUGGUGAUGCCCAAGGAUACCCAGAUCAGCAUCCACAUCUACGACAUCAUGAGGGAUCCCCGUCACUUCCCGAAACCAGAUCAGUUUCAACCGGAACGCUUUCGGCCAGAGAACACCUUGAACCGACAUCCCUUCGCAUUCGUGCCCUUCAGUGCUGGCCAAAGGAACUGCAUAGGACAGAAGUUCGCCAUCCUGGAGAUGAAGGUACUCCUGGCAGCGGUCAUCAGGAACUUCAAGCUGCUGCCCGCCACUCAGCUCGAGGAUCUCACUUUUGAGAAUGGCAUUGUUCUGCGUACCCAACAAAAUAUUAAAGUGAAAUUAUCAAAAAGGGUUAAAUAGAGACAAAAAAUGUAAGAGAAAUGUUUGCCAAAGAUUUUUAAAUUGCGAAAUGUACAAAAACCAAACCAAAUAAAGUCCAAUAAGUUCAA